GGAGUACUUCCGGGGCAGCAGGAGCGGCGAGUCGGUGGCGGUGGCUGUGGCGAGGGUGGCGGCUGGCUAGGCAAUGUUCUAAUCAUGUCGGAUAAAGAUGAUUGUGAGAUGCCGGUGCUAACUGAAGCAGUCCCCAUCCUUGAAGAUGGAAACUGUGAGCCAGCCAAGAAUUCUGAGUCUGUUGACCAAAAUGCCAAGCCAGAGAGUAAAUCAGAACCUGUAGCUUCCACUCGGAAAAGACCAGAGGCCAAAUCUUCCAGUGACCUUGAGCCUUCAGAAGUUCUCCCUGUUCAGGAGACUAUUUCCAAAGAUGUACCCCAGACCGGAUGGGGCUAUUGGGGCAGUUGGGGCAAGUCCUUACUGUCCUCAGCCUCAGCUACAGUAGCCACAGUAGGGCAAGGUAUUUCAACCGUCAUUGAGAAGGCAGAGACUUCCCUUGGAAUCCCUAGUCCCAGUGAAAUUUCUACUGAAAAGUAUGCAGCAGGUGAGGAAAAUGCCAAAGAGAAUGAAAACUCCUCCCCCGUGGCUGGGCCAUUUGGUGUAUUCUCGACCAUCUCUACUGCAGUUCAGAGUACAGGAAAAAGUGUUAUCAGUGGGGGUUUGGAUGCCCUAGAGUUCAUUGGGAAAAAGACAAUGGAUGUAAUAGCAGAAGGGGAUCCUGGAUUUAAAAGAACAAAGGGUCUGAUGAACCGGAAUUCUACAUUGUCUCAGGUUUUACGAGAGGCGAAGGAGAAAGAAGAGUUACGGACCUCCAAUGAGGUUACCAUGGAAACAGAGAAGAAAACUCAUUAUGGGCUACUCUUUGAUGAAUUUCAAGGCCUUUCGCAUCUAGAAGGUCUGGAGAUGCUUUCCCGAGAAAGUGAAAUAAAGGUGAAAUCUAUCCUUAAUUCUCUGAGUGGAGAAGAAUUAGAGACUCUAAAACUUGAAUUACAGCAACUAAAAGAAGCAUUUUCCCUAGCAGAGUUUUGUGAAGAAGAGGAAGAAGAGAAAAAAGAGGAUGAAGAUUUUACCAAAGAGAUAACAGAGCUGUUUUCCCAGCUGCACGUCUCCUCCAAACCAGAGAAACUUGCCAAGGCAAGAAAUACUGCCCACGAAUGGAUCAGGACAUCUCUGACCAAGCCAUUAGCAGAGAAAGAAGAUGGAGAAAAACAGCUGGAUGCAGAAAAUAAUGAACAAGUCAAUCAAAAUUCAAUAGAGGAUAUCCAUGCAUUUGCAAUCCGGAGCCUAGCAAAACUGACUGCCUGCUCAAUUGAAUUGUUCCACAAAACAGCGGCAUUGGUUCUCCAUGGCAGGAAGCAGGAAGUGACAGCCAUAGAAAGGAGCCGAACUCUUUCCCAAAUGACAGUUGUGUUGUGUAAAGAGUUGUCCUCUCUGUCUAAAGAGUUCACCACCUGCCUAACAACUGCUGGGGUCAAAGAAAAGGCAGAUGUCCUUAACCCAUUAAUCACUGCAGUAUUUCUAGAGGCAUCAAACAGUGCCUCCUACAUCCAGGAUGCCUUUCAGCUACUCUUACCUGUGCUAGAAAUCUCUCUCAUUGAGAACAAGACUGAAUCACCCAGACAUGAGCUGUAGACCCAGAAGCCUUUUUCAGAACAAUGGAGAACAGAGAAAAUUCUACUUGGGACUUGUGAUAGCCAAGAAAUGCUACUUUUUUCUGAGUACUCCUACAGAAAUAAAGGAGUGGAGUUAUUUCAGUAUAUAAAUUUCAGACAGGAGAGCAGGUUUAAAGAGGUGGUUUGUUGCCUUCACUGCUUGGUUGAAGUAUUCAGGUCCUCACACUGUUCUUCCCAGUUGUUAUAAUUAAUAAAUCAUUGGAAAAGAAACUUUUAUAGAAAGUCCAAGAAUAAUAGUUCUAGAUAAAGAUUAGUGGGACACUCAGGCAAAAAUGUUGGUCUUUCCUUGAAAUGUUGCAAAACACUAACAGUUUUGUCAUGCAUAUAAUUCGUAGCCCAUGGAUAUAAUUGGAUGUUAAACAAGAGAAGCAACUUUAUUUAUUAUUCUAGAAUUCACGACAUGCUCAUGCUUGGUCUAUUAAUGCCAUGUACUUUCUUCUUUCUAGAAUAAAAUUUAUGGCUUUAA